AUGGGUGUGUGCAGGGUGCUGGCCUCUGUGGUGUUUGGCCUGGAGCCUCAUAUGGACCAGAGUGAGGAGAGCAGCUUCCUGCAGGACACACUGAUGGGGAGCACGCUCCACCUUCUCAUUAGGGUCUAUGAGAGACUGCUGCGCUUUGGAGCCCAGAGACCCAAGCCCAUCCAGGACAGUGCAGUGUGCCUGGCAGGCGAGUUGACCAUAGAACUAAAGCAAUCACACACCAGACCAGAGAUCGUUGAGCUGUGCUACCUGCUGUCUAAGCCCCAUCUUAAGAGCCUGCUGUCUGUCCACGAUUCGGUUGCACAGAAAGGCUUUGACCCUGAACUGCCGCCCUUGCCCGACAACAUUUGUGACGAGGAGGAAGACUCAGUCAAGAUUGUUCGGCUUGUCAAGAAAGAGCAGCCACUGGGAGCUACAGUGAGGAGGGAUGAAUUCACUGGUGCGAUUGUUGUGGCGCGAAUCAUGAGGGGAGGAGCAGCAGAUCGAAGUGGAUUAAUCCAUGAGGGAGAUGAGCUCAGGGAAAUCAAUGGCAUUUCCAUGGAGGACAAGGACCUGGAAGAUAUUAUUCCCAUACUGGCUCAGGCGGAUGGGGCCGUAACCUUUAAAGUGAUACCAGGCACCAGGGAAGAGCCAGCAGUCAACAACAUCAAUACCUUUGUGAGAGCGCUCUUUCACUACGACCCCAAAGACGACCCUGCCAUCCCUUGUAAGCUUGCCGGGCUGGCGUUUAGGAGGGGCGACGUGCUUGAGAUUGUGUGCCAGGAAGAUGAACUGUGGUGGCAGGCCAGGCACCAUGAUGGCACCGACUCCCAAGCCGGUUUGAUUCCAUCCAGAGAGCUCCAGGAAAGGAGAGUCACCCUGCAGAAGCCCGCAGCACUGUUCCGCCCACAGAGAAGCCUGAGCCACGGUCCAGAGGAUGCGGACUACGGGGCAAUAACUGGGAUCCACAUAGCUGGCCUGAGGAAGAGCUUUCGACUGAGUAGGCGAAACAGCGAAAGCAGACCGUCGGGAUGGAGGAAGUUCAAGAGACCUCACCACCCCGGCCUCAUUCCCACCUAUGUGGAGGUGGUGCCCUACCACAGGGGUCCAGCAGACCCCCACCGCCUGGUUCUGAUGUUCGGCCCCAGUGGCGUAGGGCUGAGCGAGCUGAAGAGGAGACUGCUGCUGUCCGACCCGGAGCUCUUCAGCGUCACCAUCCCGCACACAAGUCGCAAGCAGAGAAGGCAGGAGAAAGAAGGGGUGGAGUAUCACUUUGCCUCAAGACACACAUUUGAAAAAGACAUCCUCAACCACAGGUUUAUAGAGUACGGUGAGCAUGGCGGAAACUAUUACGGAACUAGCCUGGAAUCGGUGCAGAGGGUGUUAGCGGAAGGCAAGGUGUGCCUGCUGGAUGUGGAACCUCAAACGGUGGAGAAAUUGUACACCAGGGAAUUCAAACCAUAUGUGGUGUUCGUGAAGCCACCUCCAAUAGAGCGGCUGCGUCUGAGCCGAAGGAAAACCAAAGUCAUCUCCAGCACAGAUGAGAGGACGCAGACCAAAACCCUCAUGGAGCAGGACUUUGAAGACAUGAUCGCCUCGGCCCAGGCUAUGGAGAGCCAGUACGGACACCUAGCCGAGGAGGUGAUCGUCAACGACGACCUGGCAGCAGCUUUCACAGAGCUCAGGAACGGACUCAGGAGGAUCGAGGAGGAGAUCCAGUGGAUCCCUGCAGCCUGGGCACAGCACUGAGGACAACACAUAAAAUGUACUGUGUGUAUAAAAAGGGAAGAAAUCUGGUGCCACAUUGAUGUCUUAUUCAUUUACAGUGCAUUAGACUAACGUUUCGACAAAGCGUCUUUAUCAGAGUCCUAGCUCUAUUUUAUUAAUGUCCGGUCCUACACUGGUUGCACCGAAUUCUUACUAGUAGCACAGAGUAUUUGUUUCCCCUGUUUCAUAAAAUAUACGUACUUCACUCCCUGUGACCAGUCCUCAGUGAGAAUUUCCAUGCGAUUUAACAUGCAAUACAAAUAAUCUGAUAAAUUCACAGAUGUUUCAACAUGUUGAGCGCAUUCUUGAAGUUACCGUCCAAAAGGAAUGUCAAGUGUGCUCAUCUGAAGGACACUAGACUGUUUCAUGUGUUUUUGAAAAACUCUUGGUCUGAAGCCUCUAAAUAAAACGCCUGUGUACUUCCUCACAGUCUGUGUCGUACCUGAGGUCGGGCCCAUAUUUUUCUCCCCGGUGUUCCUUAGGUCUCUGUGUAAUGUUGUGGUCCAUGUUUUGACAUUAAAAGCUUGCAGGC